AUGGUGAUUCCCAUUCAGUCGCGUCUGCGCUACAUGACGCUCGCCAAAGCGUCUGCUAUUGCGCCUGUCGCCAGUACAGACCCCGCGCAAGUGACUUUUAGCUGGAGUGGCAGCUCAUUUGAAAGCUCACCACUGUCCAACCCGUCUGCGCCUCCUCCAACCCCCACCGACUCUCUCCUCGACAUCUCCCCGCGCAAGUCUUCCUUCUCCAGCGAGUACGGCAUGGGGGCCGCAUGUGCCUUCCCUUCCUGGCCAAACCGUCCCUCUCUGGCCAGCGCCGACUCGAACGAUUCAUUCACCAACAACGCUUACCUCUCCGAUGAAGAUCUACUCUGGAUGCCCGAGAAUGCAGCAGCUGCCCAUGCCGUUGAAGAGGCAGGACCUCAGGUACCCGAGAUGGUUUGCUCAGCGACCAUGGAGCAACAACUCCAGCGCAUGCGCGCAGUCGCCGAACAUGAAGAUCGCCUUCGCUUCCUGGCCAAGGUCGAGGCCCACGCUCGAGCCACACAGGCCCUGCGACAAGCAAAGCACGACAAGCUGGCGCUGAUCAGCGAGCGCACCACCCCGUCACCAAAGCCUAGGAAGCGCCGCGCUGCCCCCAGCCCCAAGCGUCGCGCCCACUCUUCAUAG